AUGCUGUUUCUAUUAGUUCUAUCUGUAUUGUUGUAUAAUUCAUUUAUACAAGCUAUACCAUCAGUAUCUUUUUAUUAUCCAAAAAAUUUAACUGAGUCAACUUGUACAAAUGAUCAUUCAUGGACAAAAUGGUUUAAUUCAGCUAAACCAAAUAGUACUACAGAUUUCGAUCAAGAAAUUCUCUCAAUAAUUCAAGCACAAAAUGGUCGUAAUAUAUGCGCAAUACCUCAAGGUAUUCAGGCAAGAACAGUAACUGCGUUAAACACUAAUGUUAGUUAUGAAGUAGCAUGGAAAACAGCAAAUGGUAUAAUUACAGCGUUUGUUUCACGAACUGCUGGCGUUGAUUUUCAGGUACGAUUUUGCUGUGCUAAUAAUAAUUUUAUCACAACUACACCGCCACCGCCAAGACCUGUUACUAAUGAAUUAUGUGGUCGAGCUAAAAUAAAACCAUUGAUUCAAUUCAUACGUAUUUUUGGUGGAUCACGUGCUAUUCCACAUUCAUGGCCAUGGCAAGUUUUAUAUGAAGAAGAAAAAUUAUGUGAAACAAACAAAAUAUGUAUAGAUACUUGUGGUGGUACUCUAAUUGAUUCUUAUCAUGUACUUACAGCGGCACAUUGUAUUAAAAGACAUGAUUUACAACAUAUUUUUAUUACAGCUGGUGUUCAUAAUAGACAAAGUGAUGAAUUAGAUACAAGACAAGAAAGAAAUGUCAAUUCUAUUGUUAUACAUCCUGAUUGGAAUCGUGAAUCAUUAGUAAAUGAUUUAGCUAUACUUCGAUUAGAUAAACCUGUAAAAUUCAAUGAUUAUGUUCAACCAGCAUGUUUACCAGGUCCUGAUCCACUAUCGAAAUCUAAUGUAAUAUUAAUUGGAUGGGGUGCUGAACAAAUGGGUGGAAAUACAUACAAUGAAUUAAAACAAGCUCAAGUUAAAGUUAUUGGUGAAUGUCAACAAUAUUGGAAUCAAUAUGAUGAAGAUAAUCAAAUCUGUGUUGGACAAACAAUUUCUGGUGAUUCAGCAUGUCAAGGUGAUAGUGGUGGUCCUCUAUUACAACAAUAUAAAGAUCAAUGGGUUUUACAAGGUGUAGCUAGUUUCAUAGAUGAUUGUAAAACAAAUGGAAAUUCUCUUCCUAAUGUUUAUGUAAAAGUAUCAGCUUAUUUAACUUGGAUUAACAGUAUUAUUAAUUAA